GCUCCGAAAUACCAAGCACUAUCAUAUACAUGGGGCCCACCAGAAGAUGGAAUAGAGGACUACAAGGAUUGCGAAAAAAAGCCCAUAGUUAUAGAUGGACAUUUGUUCCCCGUGUUCCCAAACUUGAUAGAUGCCCUAUGCCAUAUCCGAAAAGCCGGGGAGUACACAGACGACAUUAAACACAUAUGGAUCGAUGCGAUUUGUAUUAAUCAAAAGAACCCGGUUGAGCGCGGCCAGCAAGUACAAUUAAUGAGCGAGAUAUAUCAAACGGCAAGCCAGGUGCUCAUAUGGCUUGGCAUGUCGAAUAUGGACAGCCGAACUGCAUUCGACUUUAUACACAACCAAAAAGAUCUUCAUCCCUUUGAAUAUCAGCAAUACGUAGAAAACAAUGGAGAUUAUUACGCUAUUGCUUUCCGUGCUCUUUGCCAGGUUCUAAACCGGAGCUGGUUCACACGCGUAUGGACGCUGCAAGAGUUUGCCCUC